GACAUAUUCAUUCAAAUUGUUCGAGAAAAUUAAAUAAAAAAAUCCAACGCUCGACUAAUUAUUAAAUUAAAACCAAUAGAUAUUAAAUAAAUAUGUGUAGGCGUGAUUAUUAAGAAAUAGCAAAAUGAGAGUGAAAAUUGUUAUGUUAAGUUUAGUUUAUAGCUGCAUAGGUAUUGAACAUGACUUUAAAGGAUUCGAUGAUAGCAUUUUGUUUGGGAUAAAUUGGCCUGGUAAUCCCAAUUUAAACGAAAAUUUCGUUGAUGGAGAACAAAACAAGUCUCAGAACCAAGAGUUAGUUAAAGUAACAACAACAAAUAAAGAGAGUUACGAAUGUCAACUGCCGGAACUUCGUAGUACGGAGUCUACCAGCAUUGAUGAUUACGAUGGUCCAUCACCUCUUCACCUUCUAAAGCCUUUGAUGAACAAAGAAAUGUGUUCAUAUAGAUUGGAAAGCUAUUGGAGCUAUGAAGUAUGCCAUGGAAGGUAUAUCCGGCAGUAUCACGAAGAAAGAGAGGGCAAACAAAUCAACACCCAAGAAUAUUUCUUGGGAUAUUGGAGCCCUGAAAAGCAGGCUAAGCUGGAGGCUGAAAUGAAAGCGGCACAGGAAUCCAAACAAAUCCCCAAGACCACCAAAGUAGAGGGAGUUGCUCUACCUAACGUUGAAAUAGUAAUGGAUGAUGGUACAAUUUGUGAUUUAAAUGGCAAACCACGACUAACUAGGGUUCAUUAUGUGUGUUACACACAUGGAAAGCAUGAGGUUUAUUCCUUCAGAGAGACUUCUACUUGCGAGUACGAGAUCAUUAUUCUGUCGCCGUUUCUAUGUGAACAUCCACAGUUCAAACCUAUGGAUGUUAGUGAGAAUGUUAUAAACUGCCUCCCAAUCGGAGACGCUCCAAGGAAGCCAAGGGACUUAUUGAAAAUGGAAGCGAACAGUUUGAGAUUUCAUCAUCAGAGCAUAAGACUCAUGGAUAAUGCUGACGGCGAAACCCAUUUGAAAUUCGAACUGCACCCGCUGGGUGACGACGAGGAUAUGACGUCAGACCCACCGAAGACAGUACCGAGCGUCGACAAGCGCCCUCCGCCAAUCACGGAUGAUUCUCCCGUACGAGCCUUCCUCAAUGGGGAAAAUUGUCUAAAUGGUGGUACAGGCUGGUGGAAAUACGAGUUCUGCUACGGGAAGCACGUGCUCCAGUACCACAUAGAUCGCGCUGGCGAGAAAACCACCGUAAUGUUGGGUCGAUUUGAUGAGAAAGCGCAUCUGGACUGGAUCAAGGAUAAUAAAGGGAAAGCUCCGAAACCUAUAGAUCAAAGAAUUUCAAUAUCGCAUUUCUAUUCGAACGGCGACGUUUGCGACAAAACCGGCCGACCCCGGCAGACCGAGGUCAAACUUAAAUGUCUAGAGAAUUCGUCGAGUCCAGCUCAAGUCUCCCUGUACUUGUUGGAACCUAAAACUUGUCAUUACAUACUGGGCGUGGAAUCGCCUUUGAUAUGCGACAUAUUGCCCUUGGCCGAUGAGAACGGCCUUAUAAAAACCGUGAGAGAGGCCUUGGAAAAGAAGAAGGAGAGGAGUGAGGCCGUCGAUGAUGUCUCAGAGAAGAAUGUACCAAAAUACGAGAAUGAUUAGUUGUAAUAAAUGUUUGAUUUUUGUUGGUUUUAAAA